GCCCGGCCAACCCUCACCGUCAGUGUGGUCCCAAGAAUGCUGCUGUUCCUGCAUCGCAUGAGAGACAGAAUAUGAACAUUGUGCGUAACCCCUCGAGGCGGAGAUAGUUGAGCUCACGUCUUCCAACGCCCAGCAGCUUGAUUGCUUGCCCGCACGCUGCUGGUAUCUUGCUCGCUCCUUCCUGCGGCCAUAGCUUCUUCUUCUUCUUCUUCUUCUUCUUCUUCAUCUCCGUCGUUCGAUCGUCGGGUAGCAGUUCCGGGCGCUUCCGGCGGCAGGCACUCCCCCCGCCGCCCAGUGUGCGCGCGCACUCGCUCCGAGCUCCGCGAGCGGAAGAGAUGGCUCAGCAAAUGGCGAUCAUGCUUCGGGCGGCAUCGUCCGGCAGCGUGUGCGGCUUGGCUGCCGUGUCGCACAUGGCGGCGACGACAUCCUCCGCAGCUGCUAGGCGCACGGGGAGCGCUCUUCCCUUCGGCCUGUCCUCUCUCGAGAGCCGCUCUCCAUCGCUCUCUCUCCUCCGCGAUGCUUGCAACGUGUCGCGCGCUGGUCUCUCUGCCCCGUCCUCUCGCAUCAGCACUCUCCAGGUGUACGCGAAGAAG